AUGCGAUCCCUUGUACUCCUUGCCAUCUCGGCUGCUUGCUACCUAUCUGUUUCUGCUACAAUGCAGAAUGUGACCGUCAAAGGUAUUGCUGUAUGCAAUAAGAAACGUUUGGGAAACGUUCAUGUCGAGCUAUACGACAAGGACACAUUGAACCCUAACGACCUUCUGGCUGAGACGCAUACCAACUCUGAUGGCGAAUUUGAACUAUACGGACAGGAAGACGAGGUCGGCACCAUUGAGCCUUUCAUUCGCCUCCAUCACCC